AUGUCGGAAACCGAUCCGACGUCGAAUCCUCCACCCCCGGUAUCAGCAGAAGCGCAAGCACCGGCGCCAGCGUCAGUAGCAACAUCAGCGCCCACAACUGCGCCUGCGCCUGCUCCUGCGCAGGUUCCUGCUCCUACGCCGGCUUCUACUGCUUCUGCUCCCACACCUGCACCCGCACCUGAACCCGCGCCCGUGUCUGCGCCUACAUCUGCGCCUGUGCCAGCAUCAGUACCAGCAUCAGUACCAGCGCCAGCGCCAGCGACAGUGCCAGCAACAGCGCCAACAGCUACACCGGCACCAGCGCCAGCUCAAACAGCUACACCCGCGCCAGCACCGGCACCGGCACCGGCACAAGCGCCUUCGGUACCAGCAACAUACCCGUCUUCCACAGAUGUCUCCUCUCCAAACCACCUGCCGACUCAAACACAGGCCCCAAUUGGGUCGCCUCUACCGUCUACAAUGCCUCCAAUGCCGCCAAUGGGACAGUACAUUCCUGGAUACUCACCGGGAAUGCCACAAAUGGGAGUGCAGGGCGGCCAGAUGAGUUACCAACUGCCUGGGGACCCUAGAGCAAGGACGCACAAGAAGGAGGUAAAGAGGCGAACAAAAACAGGCUGUUUGACAUGCCGAAAGCGCAGAAUAAAGUGUGAUGAAGGGCACCCGGUCUGCAGAAAUUGCGUCAAAAGCAAACGCGAGUGCCUAGGCUACGACCCGGUUUUUCGGCCGCAACCCGCGCCGUCGGCCAUACAACCAGCUCCAAAUCCCGCCCCUUCUCUCGUCGUCAAUCCUCAGGAUCCUCCUUCCUCGUACCCCGCAGCGCCGCCUGGAUACGUUCCUGCGUCGAGCCAGCCUUUCGCGCCGUCGGUGCAGUCAGACUCGUCCACUCAAUCCCACGAUCAAGUGAACAGGACCGGGGCCGAGCCCUCCGUAGAAGGGAGCGAUACUAUGUCGGCCAUGGCCAGCGUUCAAGAUGCCGUUGAUGGCUCUCUGUCUCAGACCGCGGGGACUCCGUCUGCGACAGCGCCGUCGAUAGCCAGGCCGCCGUCUGGGCAGUUCGGUAAACAAGAUAAAGUCAAAAUUCAGGACCUGCUCGCCCUCCAAGGCAUUCCUCCUCCCCCUCCAUAUCCCAUUGUCCCCAUUCAACAAACCCGUCUGGACCAGAUCCAGACCAUCUACCUUCACACGUAUGCGCCCGCGAUCGACCGCUUCUUGGAAACGCGUUGGUUCCGGGAUAAGGGUUUGUCUCAGCUCUUGACCAACGCUCAGCUUAUGGCGCAAUACUCUGCUCUUAUUGACGCGUUUGACGACCCCAAGAUUUCCGAUCCUGCGGUCCGGAGCCGUGUUGAGAGCUUCGAAGCGUCGGUCGUGUGGGACACCAUGUCCAUCUGCCGUUCGGCGCGUAACUUGGUCCGCAACGGAAACCCAGAACCGAUCCAGGAGUAUGAUCUGUUGACCGCGGCGAACCGGUUCGACGUCUUCGAAGCCCUCAUCACGGAUGACUAUCUAAAAGAGAAUCCGCUGCGGGACGACCUGAAUCGGGACACACCCGCCAACCCGCCUACGCUAGCGGACCAACUUCGACGAAGAUCGCUGAGCUUCUGGGAUUGCAUUGGGCAUUUUCUUACCCUGCAUGAUAACGAAGCCGCGGCGGGGGUGGAGAUCGAUGAGACGCUGGCUCGCGCUCGUGGGCUGCUGGAUCAAAUCGAGAACCGAGACGUGAUCUAUUCGAUUGCCAUUGGACGCCAUCUCGGGCAGCGCUGGAUCGACUAUCCCCGCAGCAGGCCACCAUUCGACAACCUGGGCGAUGAAAGAAAUCCCGGGACCAAACUUUACGUGGCGCAGAAAUUCAUCGAAGAAGAGGCCAGGGAGAAGGGUACGAACCAGGUGGUCAGGCGGCUAUGUGGGAUGGUGGUCCGACUGUGGGAGAUAAAAUACAGUUUUUCGGAGCAUCUGAAAUAUGUGCGCGCGUCGAACUAG